AUGGUGAACGGUCAGUGUGUGCUUUGUGAUCUGGGGAAACCUCCAUUUCUACACCAUGUCUAUCACAAUAACAACUAUUUGCAACUUUGCACAUCUUGUUUACUCAACGUGUAUCGUGGAGCCUAUUGUCCAAUUUGUUUCCAAGUCUAUGAACCAGAAAAUCCCAACCCCUCUUCAGAUCUAGUCAAUUGCUAUUGCUGCCCGGCAAUCACUCAUCUCUCCUGCAUUAAUUCUGGAGCAGCCGCAACCUCAACCUCCAUCUCUAUAACCAUCCGGGGGGUCCCAUACAUAUGCCGUUCUUGUGCUGAUCCAAAUUUCAAUUUUUUCAAUCUUGGUGCAGAUGAGAAAACUAAAAUGUUAAUGAUUGAUCAGCAUUUCGCAAAUCAGCUGAUAGCUGCAUCGGUGAUUUCUGAGCGGACGAUGAAGGAGGCUGCUGAAUUACACAGGCGUUGGGCUGAGAUGAAGGCUGAGGAGGCUUUGCAGGCUCGAAAGGAAGCGAAGCUAGCUAUAGAAUUCUUGGCACAGAUGAUUUCCCAGUUCAAUGUGUCAAAUAAUAGUGAAGAUGCACCAAUUAUCUCAAUUUCAAGUUCAUCUUCUGAGUUCAAUGAGUCAGAUAAUAGCGUAGAUGCACCAAUUUACACAAUUUCAAGUUCGUCUUCUCAGUUCAAUGAGUCAGAUAGUAGUGUAAAUGGACCAAGUGAGUCAAUUCCAAGUUCAUCACAUAGCAGAGAAAGUAAAAACCGAAGAUCGGACUAG